CAUCGGCCCCGCCUGUGUGUAUAGUGCUCUUACGUGUACCACAUUGUAUGCCGGAUGGGGCUAGUCCUUGCGCACGAGUCGUUUAGCAGGAGCGCAUGUGUGGAGGCGCGGCAGACACGGGGCGGGAAGAAACGCGCUGGCCCCCAUCCCAGCUCACCUCGUACUCUACCUGUUCGGACCGGGGAAAGAGGUACGUCUGAGUCACGCGCUAAUGUGUACAUUGGAGGUUCGCACGAGCGGGGAGGUGGGCUGUGACUAGAGUGUAGCGAACUAUUCUGAGAGAAGUCGUGGGCCUGGAUAUGUCGUACAGUCGUUGAGGGCAAGCAGUUGGGUAGUAGUCAACGGACAUGGACAGACAUAGAUAUUACAUUCCGUGGGAGCUGUUCC